AUGUACUUUUGUUAUACUUGUUUCAUUCCAGUGUCACAACUUGCUGGUCGCAUUCCUGUCUGUACUUUACCAAUAAAAGUUGACAUUAUUAAGCAUAGAAGAGAAAUAGAUGGAAAAAGUACUGCGGCACAUGCAGCAAUUUUAGCUCCUGGAGAUGUUCGAGUUUACACCUAUCCAGAAAUACCUGAGUAUAAUAUAAAUGAUGAUAGGACUGUAUUACUCUACCCUGGUACUGAUGCUGUAUCAGUUCGACAACUGUUUUUGGGCAAAAAAAAAUCAGAGGCAUACACCCAACAAAUAAUUGCCCAGUUACCUGCAGGAUAUAAUGUUGGCACUUUAAUGACAAAGACAUUAGCACUUGAUUGUAAUGAUUUAAACAACAUUUACCAUGUUAAUAAAUGGCCCAUUGAGCGUGUUAUUUUAAUAGAUAGUACAUGGAAUCAAAGUCGUGGUAUAUAUGCAGAUAGAAGAUUGCAAAAAAUGCCUAAAAUUGUUUUACAGCAGAGGGCAUCACAAUUUUGGCGUCAUCAAAAAGGAAGUCCUAGAUGGUACCUUUCAACAAUAGAAGCAUUGCAUCAGUUAUUAUUGGAAUUGCAUAUAUGUGCAUGGGGUAGAAGUGAAAAUUAUAAGGCUCCUCUUACUUUGCACUAUCCAAUACAUACAGCAAACAAUAAUCAUGUUUCAUGUAUUCCUUAUGAUGGUCAGUAUGACAAUUUAUUGUAUUUUUUUAAGUUUAUGUAUGAGAAACUGCAUAAGCUUUAUAGUCAUGAACAUAUGUUAGCAUAUAAAAGACCUAUGACGUGA